GGAGGGAGUUAUUCUCUGUCAAGAUGAGCGUCCGGUUACUGGGUGGGUGUCUGCUGCUGCUGCUGCUGGCGGCCAGCGCCGAGCCGAAGACAGGCUCGACUCGGUGCCCACCCUGCGUGCCGUCAGAAUGUCCGGCUCUGCCGCCCGGAGGCUGCCCGCUGGGUGAAGCGCCCAGUCCAUGCCGCUGCUGCACCGUGUGCUUCGGCGGCCAGGGAGAACCGUGCGGCGGCCGAGACUCCAAGUACGGUCGCUGCGCCCAGGGCUACGAGUGCGUCCGUACCGGCUCCAAGCGGAAGGGCCGGGGGCGCUGCGUCUGCAAGUCCCCCGAGCAGGUGUGCGGUAGCGACGGCAGCACCUACAGCUCGGGCUGUGAGCUGAGAGCCGCGGCGCGGCGGGCGGAGAUGGCCGGAGGCAGCCCGGUGACCAAAAUUCGGAAAGGAGCCUGUGAGAAAGCUCCGGUCAUUGUAACAACACCUCAGGAGAUUUGGAAUGUCAGUGGAUCACAAGUUUACCUCAGCUGCGAAGUUAUUGGAGUACCUACCCCUGUACUCACCUGGAACAAGGUAAUGAAAACAAUUACUGGUGUGGAAAAGGCAGAGUUACUCCCUGGUGACCGUGACAACCUUGCCAUCCAGACUCGAGGUGGGCCAGAGAAACAUGAGGUGACAGGAUGGGUGUUGAUUUCUCCACUCACUAAAGCAGAUGCAGGAGAAUAUGAAUGCCAUGCAUCUAACACCAAGGGAGAGGCUGCAGCUACUGGAAGUAUACAUGUGGUUGAUGAACUUAAAGAGAAUGCAUGAGAAAAAUGACGAAAGGCAGCCUGAACCACAAGCACGGCUACUUGCAGGGAAUUCUGUGACUAAGUGUAGACUCUGCGCAAUGUGUUUUUCCAUAUCCUAUAAAUUAAGUUUUACAGGGACAUCUAUCUCAUUCUUCUACACUGUAUUAAUUCAGUUACUUAUUAUGGUUUAUGUAGCUUUUAUAUUUACUCUGCUUGCAAUAAGAUGUAAAUCAAUAAGUACAAGGGGAAGAAGUUGUUAUAUUAUCAAGCA